GGGGUAUUGCAAAGUAUGUCUCGCUGGGUAUUUAUUUGGAUAAGAUAGUAUUGAUUUUACUUUCUAAGAUAACGGAGAGGUAAUUAAACCAAUGGGGACAAACUAUUUCAGUGGGGAGACUUGGCUGACGUUUCCCAGGUACUUUCUUAUCGUGGGGAAGUCCGAUGUUUUGGUGAAUAGGGUUUGAAAUUCCAAAUCCAAAAUCGGCUUCCCGCACUGAUGACUUGGUGCGUCACAUGUUUUCUGAAAUUGCAAUUUUAGAUUGUAGCGGGAUGGAUUGCUUCGUUGGUGCAUCGACGGGUGCUUUGAAAGGUAUUUCUUUCAAGGACAAUGCUUUCAGUAAUAUAAACCAGAUUGCUUCAUUGAAACCGAGGCAAGAUGAGAUAACCUGUAUGAGCUGGACGAAUGAGGAUCAAACGGAAUUGCUAACAGCCCAAAUGGAUAAGCAACUGAAAUUGCUUGAUACAACUUCGAACGAAUACACGACACUCUUUACUUUGGAAAAUGGGAGCGGUGCAAUUAAGGGGAUAAGAAGGACAGCAGUGGGCACGUAUAUAUCAGCAGUUGAGUCUGGCGAACUUUCUGUCUCUUCACCAUCUGGAGAAAUAGUUAAGGAAUUGAACGCAGGGAAUAAUCUGAUCGCGAUGGUACCCAGCUGUGAACAAGAAGGACAUUACGCAACCGGUGGUAAAGAGAACCCCUUAAAAAUAUGGGAUAUUGAAAAAGGCGAAAAAAUUUUUGUUGCUAAAAACGUACGCCCAGAUGAACUGCAGCUUAGAGUACCAAUAUGGGUUAAUGAUAUACGGUUUAUACCGAAGUCACAAAACGUUGUAACAGUCACUGGUAAACAUCAGAUAAGACUUUAUGAUCCUCGCACACAGCGGAGGCCGGUGAAGGAAAUGAUGUGGGCAGAGGAACCGCUGACGGCAAUGUCUUUGUGUCGGAACGAAAUGCAAAUAGUUGCUGGCAAUACUCGUGGUGAUAUAGGAUUAUUUGACUUGCGAAACAAAAUGCAUAUGGUAUGUAAAUAUAAAGGUUGUGCUGGUUCUGUUAGUGGAAUUGAUGCGCAUCAAUCAGCUGAAUAUAUCGCCUCUUGUUCUCUUGAUCGCUUUGUAAGACUGCAUGAAUUGAACUCAAAGAAGCUUGUCAAAAAGGUUUAUUGCAAAGCUCGUUUGAAUCGAAUUUUGCUGCGUGAUAAACUUUCCAUCCUUAAUAACGAAGAUGGAAGUAAGCGAAAAGUGGAAAAUUAUGAUUGGCAGGAAAUAAAGGAAAGUGGAAGUAGUGAGGAUGAAACUUUGUGGAAUGACAUGAACCAGAAUAAGGAAAGACAGAUGAAGAGGAAAUUAAGGGAGGAUGAUCUCGAGAAAGUGGUCAAGAAACCAAAGUUUUCUAAAAGGAGAAAACGAAGACGCGAUAUUUCGAAAUCAGACAUUUCAAAACGAAAGAAGUUGAUAGCAGGGCCAAAGAGAAAGAGCGAAAGUACUGAUGAGACAGCAGUCAUGCUUCCGUUUAAAAAAUUAAUUCAGACCGUUUAGUUCUUAUAAUUUGAAAGCGGGUGAUAUUGCCCUUGUAAUUUGGUUCGCUCACUUUUCUUGAAAUUUAGAAAAGACUAGUUUGUGUCCAGUAGAGUCAGAGGGUGUCUAGGAAUGUUAAUGGAUGGCACAGAUUUUCUGCUCCGUCGUCGUUCAUUUGGACUACUGCAUUGUUCAAUGAAUUUACUGAAAUUGUCAGAUCCGUCCCUUUGUUGUGGAUGGAACCUAUAAAGGAUGACAUUUCAGCAUAAGCCUUAGAUAAGUAUUUAUAAGUUUAAAAGCCUCUCCGCCUCGAUUUGAUCUCUUUUCUG